GCAGCCCAGUGGUACGACCGGAGGGACUACGUCUUUGUUGAAUUUUGCGUUGAAGACAGUAAAGACGUUAAUGUAAAUUUUGAAAAAUCCAAACUUACGUUCAGUUGUCUUGGAGGAAGUGAUAACUUUAAACAUUUAAACGAAAUUGACCUUUUUAAUAAUAUUGAUCCAAAUGAAUCAAAGCAUAAAAGAACAGACAGAUCGAUCUUGUGUUGUUUACGAAAAGGAGAGUCUGGUCAGGCGUGGCCGCGGUUAACAAAAGAGAGGGCGAAGCUCAACUGGCUCAGCGUGGACUUCAACAACUGGAAAGACUGGGAGGAUGAUUCAGAUGAAGACAUGUCCAACUUUGAUCGCUUCUCCGAGAUGAUGAACAACAUGGGUGGAGAUGACGACGUCGACUUGCCAGAAGUAGAUGGGGCAGAUGAUGACUCACCAGACAGCGACGAUGAAAAAAUGCCAGAUCUGGAGUAAGGAAAACUGUCGUCUUCAGGGUUUUGGGGAAAGAAUUUCAUCACAACAUUUCAUAAUUGAGAUAAGAAUUCCUGAGUUGAUAGCCCUAAAGGGAGAUCCCGUAUCCUUUAACCCAUUUUCAGUCCAUUUUGAAUGGCUUCACCGAGGGUAGGUGUGUACCGUUGCACGGGGCGGUCUUAAGCCACGAGAGGCAAUAACGUUCUGCAUGAACCGUUUUCCAGACUUCCAAAAA